CCAGAGCAACAGCAACAACAACAACAACAACAACAGAAAAAUACUAAAAUACUAAACUAAAGCAUUAAGGCGGGCUCCACAAUGAAAAAUGUAUAAACUGUUAACAAAAGUGCAAAAGCAACCACAACAACAACAGCAACAACAACAACAACCGCAACAACAAAAGAGAGACGCAAAUGCUGCGCGCAUCCGCUGCCACCGCCAGCACCGCCUCCGCAGCCGUGUUUCGUGUACGUCGUGGCAAUUAAAAAAGUUUUAUGCAAAAUACGCAAAUCAAAUGUUAAUGCUGUGAGCUGUGCAUUGUACAUGUGUGUGUAUGUGUAUGUGUAUGUGUGUGCGUGCGUCCAAAAUGCACACAGCCACUACAGCAACAACAAGAGCAGCAACAACAGCAGCAACAGCAACAACAACAGUCAACAACAAUCAACAACAGCAACGAGACCAAGGAGUCGCACAUUAGAAGCUCACAGCUAGCAGUCAGGCUUUGAGCCAAAGACGCAUACCAACAGCAGCAGCGCUAAAGUGGCGAAAGGUGCACCCACCAGCAGCGGCAACAGCAACAGCAACAGCAGCAACAACAACAGCAACAACAACAACGUCAACAUCAACAACAACAAUCAACAAUUCCAGCAGUCAGCCACGAAUUAAGCGGGCACCACAAAUACAUGCAAAACACACACACACAUAUACAUAUAUAGCUACGUUCGUUAGUUCGUUAAACAUUUACGGUGUUUUUUUCUCGAAAUUAUUUCGAACAUGCCGUCGCCGCCUACCAAGCCUUCCAGCCUUCCAGUGAUAGUGUGCCAUAGUGAUCCUUACGAAUUGUAGUGCCAAAAUUCCAAUAUAUACAUAUACAACGUUUUUACCUGGUACUCGGCGCUGUGGACAGCUGCAACGCAUACAAAAUAUACAUAUUUUUAAUUACAACGAUAGAGGAGCUAGUUGUUAUCCAAGUUCCUUAGUGCCAUACAAACAAAAGCAAUAUCGAAACAGCAGCAACAUCAACAGCAGUAACAACAGUAACAACAACAAGAACAACAACCACAACAACAUCAACAACAACAAGUGCCUUCAUUCAUAACGUGAUAGUGAUAUUAUUAAAGUUUAUAUACUCGUAACAAACAAAGCUUGCCACCAACAACAACAACAACAAACAACAACAAACAACAUACAACCUGCAACACUUCGAAUGCCUUCGCCAUUUGCCAGCUGCAACAACAACAACAAAAACAACAAGCACAACGACAGCAACAACUCAAGUUCAAAGUUCAAAGUCUUCCACAAAUUUGUUCAAUAAUUAGUUUCGCCUAGAUAUACACACACACACACACGCACACACACAUAUAUAUAUAUAUACACCCCGAUAUAUAUAUAUAUGAUGUCCACAUCCACGGCGACAACGAGCGUCAUUACGUCCAACAACGAUCUAUCGCUGUCCGCCCACGCACACGCCCAUCAGCAACACGGCCACGCCCACGGCCAUACGCACACACACUCGCUGCAUCCACACACGCACACACACACACAUCGCCUGGGCGUCGUUGGGGGCGUGGGCGUGGGCGUCGGCGUUAUCGGCGGCGUCGGUGUAGUGGGUGGCCAUCUGAGCGACGCCUCCCUCUCGCCCAUCCAGCAGGGCGCCAACAUUGUAGCCAGCAGCAACAGUUCGCCCCUGGGCCAGAACGGUGUGCCGCUCCUAACCACAAUGCAUCGAUCGCCGGACAGUCCGCAGCCGGAGCUGGCGACCAUGACGAACGUGAAUGUCCUCGAUCUGCACACAGAUUCGGCCAAGCUGUACGACAAGGAGGCCGUGUUCAUCUAUGAGACGCCCAAGGUGGUGAUGCCGCCGGAUGGCGGUCCGGGCGGUGGCAAUGGUGGCAAUGGUGGCGGCUCGAAUGGUGGUCAUGACGAUGGCCAGGUGAUAGAUGCACGCAUCGCGGCACAAAUGAGCUCACAGCAUCAACAGCAGCAGCAGCAGCAGCAGCAACAACAACAACAACAGCAACAGCAGCAGACGGAGCAUCAGCCGCUGGCCAAGAUCGAGUUCGAUGAGAAUCAAAUCAUACGCGUUGUCGGUCCGAAUGGCGAGCAGCAGCAGAUCAUCUCGCGGGAGAUCAUCAAUGGCGAGCAUCACAUCCUCUCCAGAAAUGAGGCGGGCGAGCACAUACUCACGCGCAUCGUUAGCGAUCCCUCGAAGCUGAUGCCCAACGACAAUGCGGUGGCCACCGCCAUGUACAACCAGGCCCAGAAGCUGAACAACGAGCAUCAGGCUGUCUAUCAGACCUCACCCCUGCCCCUGGAUGCCUCGGUGCUGCACUACGGCAACGACAAUGUGAUCAAAACGGAGGCAGAGAUCUACGAGGAUCACAAGAAGCAUGCCGCCGGCGGUGGCUCCAUCAUCUACACCACAUCCGAUCCGAAUGGCGUCAAUGUGAAUGUCAAGCAGCUGCCACAUUUGUCGGGCGUGCCACAGAAACUGGAUCCGGAGCUGUAUCAGCCGGACAAGCACAUCGAUUUGAUCUACAACGACGGCAGCAAGACUGUCAUCUACUCCACCAGCGAUCAGAAGGGACUCGAGAUCUACUCGGGCGGUGAUAUUGGCAGCCUCGUCUCCGACGGCCAGGUGGUGGUGCAGGCGGGUCUGCCCUAUGCCACAACCACCAGCGGCACUGGACAACCCGUCUACAUAGUCGCCGAUGUCGAGGAACAUUUACAGGGCAAUGCGAGCAGCGCCGGCAAACUGAAUGGCCAGACCACACCUAUCGAUGUCUCUGGCCUAUCGCAAAAUGAAAUUCAAGGCUUUCUGCUUGGUUCACACCCCUCAUCGUCGUCCGCCACAACCGGCGUUGUCUCCACAACAACAAUCUCACAUCAACAACAGCAACAACAGCAGCAGCAACAGCAACAACAACAGCAGCAGCAGCAACAACAGCAGCAGCAUCAACAGCAGCAGCAGCAGCAGCCGCCUCAUCCCAGCGACAUUGUGACCAUAACCACGGCAGGAGUGGGGAGCGCGGGCUCGAUCGUCUCCGCUGCUGUGCAGCAGCAGCAGCAACAGCAACAGCAGCAGCUGCUGAGCAUCAAACGUGAGCCCGAAGACUUGAGCAAGGAUCCAGCCAAGAAUGGCAGCCUGGGCGCCUCAGCGAACGGUUCAGUCAUAACGCAGAAGAUAUUGCGCGUGGAUGCAGCUAGAAGUGAAGCAAGUGGGGCAACUGCAACUGCAACUGCAACUGCAUUCGAUAUAGCCAAUAAAACGGCAACAGCUACAGCAGCCACAGCAACAGCAACAACUGCAACAUCAGCAACUGCAACUAGUCCCGCCAGAGAGACAGCAGAUCUAGAGAUGUAUGCUACCACGGGCGGCACACAGAUUUAUCUACAGACCUCACAUCAGAACAGCAAUGGAACCAGCACACAGCAGAGCACAUUGCAAGCCCAGAGUCCCAGUCCGGGUCCAUAUAUCACAACGGAUAGCUAUGGCAUGUACACGACGACACGAUUGCCACCUGGACCGCCACCUGCCACCACAUUCAUAACGGAGCCCUACUAUCGUGAAUACUUUGCGCCCGAUGGCCAGGGCGGCUACGUGCCAGCGGGCACGGCGCGCAGCCUCUACGGCGAAGAUGUUUCCGUAUCGGCGGCCGCCCAGCCGCAGCCAGUGGGCGGUGUCUAUGAGGCGCGCUUCAGCAGCAAUGCGCCCACCACCACCACAGUGCUAACCAGCAGCAAUGCACACCAUCACAGUCAACAACAACAGCAGCAACAGCAACAGCAACAGCAGCAGCAACAGCAACAACAGCAGCAGCAGCAACAGGAACAGUCGGGCAAGAACGGUGGGACGCCGCUCUAUGCCAAGGCUAUAACGGCGGCGGGUCUCACCGUGGACUUGCCCAGUCCCGAUUCGGGCAUUGGCACGGAUGCCAUAACGCCGCGGGAUCAAAAUCACAUACAGCAGUCCUUCGACUAUACGGAACUGUGUCAGCCGGGCACCCUCAUCGAUGCCAAUGGCAGCAUACCCGUUUCAGUGAAUAGCAUACAGCAGCGCACCGUGGUCCAUGGCAGCCAGAAUAGUCCAACCACAUCGCUGGUGGAUACGAGCACAAAUGGAUCGACACGCUCGAGGCCCUGGCACGAUUUCGGACGCCAAAAUGAUGCUGAUAAAAUACAAAUACCAAAAAUCUUCACAAAUGUGGGCUUUCGCUACCAUCUGGAGAGCCCGAUCAGCUCGUCGCAGCGUCGCGAGGACGAUCGCAUCACCUACAUCAACAAGGGUCAGUUCUAUGGCAUUACGCUGGAGUAUGUGCACGAUGCGGAUAAGCCAAUCAAGAAUACAACAGUUAAGAGUGUGAUCAUGUUGAUGUUUCGCGAGGAGAAGAGUCCCGAGGACGAGAUAAAGGCCUGGCAAUUCUGGCAUAGUCGCCAGCAUUCCGUGAAGCAGAGAAUCUUGGAUGCAGAUACAAAGAACUCGGUUGGUCUCGUUGGCUGCAUUGAGGAAGUGUCGCACAAUGCCAUUGCCGUCUACUGGAAUCCGCUCGAGAGCUCAGCCAAGAUCAACAUUGCGGUUCAGUGCCUCAGCACGGACUUUAGCAGUCAGAAAGGUGUUAAGGGCCUGCCGCUGCACGUACAAAUCGAUACGUUCGAGGAUCCACGCGAUGCGACGGUCUUUCAUCGCGGCUACUGUCAGAUAAAGGUCUUCUGCGAUAAGGGCGCCGAGCGUAAGACGCGCGAUGAGGAACGGCGCGCGGCCAAGCGCAAAAUGACAGCAACUGGACGCAAGAAACUGGACGAGCUCUACCAUCCGGUCACAGAUCGCUCCGAGUUCUAUGGCAUGCAGGAUCUGGCCAAGCCGCCUGUGCUCUUCUCGCCCGCCGAGGACAUGGAAAAGAGCUUCUAUGGCCAUGAGACUGACUCGCCGGAAUUGAAGGGUGCUUCGCCUUUUCUGUUGCACGGCCAGAAGGUGGCCACGCCCACGCUCAAAUUCCACAAUCAUUUUCCGCCCGACAUGCAGACUGAUAAAAAGGAUCACAUAUUGGAUCAGAGUAUGUUAACCAGCACACCGAUGUCCGACUUUGGGCCACCCAUGAAACGGGGCCGCAUGACGCCGCCAACCUCGGAGCGCGUCAUGCUGUACGUGCGGCAGGAGAACGAGGAGGUCUACACGCCGUUGCAUGUGGUGCCGCCCACGACGAUUGGCCUGCUCAAUGCGAUUGAAAACAAAUACAAAAUCUCAACAACGAGCAUAAAUAACAUAUAUCGCACAAAUAAGAAAGGGAUUACGGCGAAAAUUGAUGAUGAUAUGAUAUCCUUCUACUGCAACGAGGACAUCUUCUUGCUGGAAGUACAACAGAUCGAGGAUGAUCUGUACGAUGUGACGCUCACAGAGCUGCCCAAUCAGUAGUAAAAGAACUCAAAACCCAGAGAGAGCGAGAGAGGGAAAAAAGGGAAACACACACAAAUAUGUGGACACAAUUUUGCUAAAUGAAAACAAAAACAAAAAUAUAUAAAAGUUGUUUCAAUAAGCCAUCUUUUCGAAAUAAGCCCUAAGUUAGGCCUAAGCGCUCGAUACGCAUAUUAUGAAUCUAUGAAAUAUAUUGAAAAAUAUUAUAAUAUAUAUAAAACCUUUUAUAUAUACAUAUAUUUAGUUGUAAUUGUUUUUGUUUAGCUACUUUAGUAACAAUGAGAUUACAUCAAUUUCUAAAAACAAAUUUUAAUUCUCGCUAUGUUUAUAUAUAAAAGAAGUAAAAGAACAACAUGAAUUAAGUGAAAUUAUCAUCUUUAUGUAUUUAUAACAAAAUAUAUGUAUACACAUGCAUAUAUAUACAUAUAUAUAUAUAUCUUUAACUAAGUUAAGUCUAACAAGAAUAGAGUGCAAAAUGUCUGUCCAGUUAAACGUUUAAGUUCUGCUAGGCCUUAGGUCCAAAAAAAAAAAAAAACAAAUUCCCUAUAAAAAGCCCUCUGAAAUUUAUGCAAAACCAUUUGAAAUUUUACUCUAAAUAAACUUUAUUUAAGCAUUUUUUUAAUUGUUGUGAAAUUCUUUAAAAAUCGUUUGUUCUUUGUCUCUUCAUACCUUGUUAUUUGUGGCUAUAAAUGUUGAAAAAUAUAUACAUAUAAUUAAUAACAAAUAAACAUAAACAAAACAAAAUAAUUAGGAUCUCUGCUAAACACAAACAAAAUAAAAAAAAAAAAAAAAAAACAAAAACCGAUUUUGCUUCCAAUGCCUAGAACAAAACGUAAAAAAAUAAAAUGAAAUUGUCAAAAAAAAAAAAAA